AUGUCUGAUCCCCAUCAAAUCGACCUACCUCUCAGUCCCCGUCAGGUUGCACACAUGCAACGCAGGUUCGACGUCGCUGCGCGUGAAGCCAUCGUUGAGUACAACGUGCGACCUGAAGCUGUGCCCGAGCAAGCCGGGCUCAGUGUCGAGCGCAGGACGAUCGCCUCCAAGAGCCCUGAUCAAUUCGAUUACAACCUCUGGAACGGACUGCCGCGUACCUGGCUCAACAACUACUUCGGCAUCGAGCUUGCAUCAGAACUACUUAAGAUGAAGGUGAUCAAGGAAGCGGACGAGGGCCCAGCGCAGCAGCUGGCAGUUCCUCCACUUACCGACUUCGAUCUCCAGCUAGCCGAAGCAGCGGGUUUCCACCGAGCCAUAAACGUCUGGACCAGGUCUGAGAUCCCGCACUUGCACAAGGAGACGCAGGAAGAAAUCCACUUCCAGGCUGCCAACCUAGCUAAGUUACUCGCUCCCUGGCUUAGAGAAGACACCAGUUCCUGGCCGGGCAAGUUCAAGAACUUCGAUGCGAAGGGCUCCCUGUACAGUCUCAACAGACCUACGGACGGUUAG